AUGUGCGCGUUACCACUAAGUAUAAUAUACGGCGGUCAUGCGGCUUUUGCACAGGAUAUCAGUGCUGACGAUUUUAAAAGUUUUCACACAUUAGCCGCAGGAAGAAGUGAUGAAGGUUAUUCGUAUAAUCCACCUCCGAAUAAUAAUUAUUUACCAUCACAAACUCCAGGUUAUUCAUAUGGUCCACCAAAUAAUAUUCCAUAUGGUCCACCACCACCACCACCACCUUUCCCUUAUCAAACUCAUUAUUCUAAAGGCCAUCUUAUUUUUGAUAAAAUAUCAACUAAACUAAAUCUUUUAACAAUUGGAAAAAUCAUAUUAAAAUUAUUGAUAUUUAAAAAGAUUGUUAAAUUUAUUGCUGUUAUAUGUCUGCUCUUAAUUUUACCGAAAUUAAAAGGUAUUUUUCACGAUGAAUCAACAAUUGAUGAAGGUUCAAUGGAGAGUAGAGGAAUUAAAACUAACAAAGAUCUUGAUGACCUCUUUGAAUAUAUUAUUCAAGCAAUAUCAUCAUAUGAUGAACGUGCCGCUUAGUUUAGGAAAAUUGAAC